AUGUUGACGAAGGGAAAUCUAAAGGCGUUCAGCAAGUUCUCGAGACACACAAUCUACAUCUUACUUUUUCUAAUUCUGGCCAUUUUGCCAUGGAGACCCAUCAUAGUGAAAAAAUGGAGAACCUCAAAAGGAAGAACACUAGCUUCAAACCUUGAACCCAAGGAGGAAUAUCGAAGAGUACAAAGCGGUAAUUUCAAUUCUCCAAGUUUUGCUAAUACACUUUUAGAAACUUUUUUAAAUGAGUGGGAAAGUAAUGCAGAAAGGAGCAGUGCAGAAAGGAGCAAUGCAGAAAGGAGCAGUGCAGAAUGUUGCAAUGCAGAAUGUUUCAAUGCAGAAUGUUGCAAUGCAGAAAGGAGCAAUACAAAUGGUGGGAAGACACCACUAGAAAUUUACGAGCCAGAUACAAUCAGAGAAGUGUCUAGGGAGGAAUUAAACAAACGAAUUGCAUACUGUGGUAUGCUUGUUAUUAACAAAAAAAGGGCACAUGCUGCAAUUUAUGCGUAUAUUAAUUAUUUAAAAGGAAAAUACUAUAAAAUGUUAGCAAAUUUAAAGAACAAUUUUCUAAAUCUAGCAUCUACACAUGGAUUACCUGAAGAACUUCAAAAUAUAUAUUGGACACAGUGUGAAAAUGAACUUAUACGAGAUCUAAAAGUAGCUGAAAACAUAUCUCAAAAGCAUUUUAAAUUGCUAAUGGAUAAUAAAGUAAUUUUCACCUUACAUUUUAAUUGGACUCUUGCUGCACAUGAGGCUUCAUGGUUUGCUGACAUGUUUGAAAAGGAGCUCAAGUGGAAUAGAAUUCUCCAGGACAGAAUCAAUAAUUAUGUCUUAGGGUAG